AUUCUUUGCUUCAGCAAUCCUCCAUACUCUCUCUGUUUUCUCCCAAUGCUAAUGCACGCUUCUCUCAUUUCCCCCUUCUUCAUCAUUCUCCCUCUCUCCCUAGUCGCUCAGCCGUUUCCCACAUCUUGAUUGCAUGUCCUGAUCCUCUCCAGAUGUCGGACCGCUCGGGUAUUGCAUGAACGGUCAUCUGUUGAGCUGGAAUACCGUGACAGUUGAGCUGAACGAAUGUAGCUGGAAGUGAACGAAUGUAGCUGGAAGUGAAAAAUCAAGAAAGGCAUCAAUUUGUGAUUUAUCACUUUAAGUCUGCGAGCUUCUUGCGUUGCAUUGCAGGCUUUGCCAAGAUGAUAGUCUGCUCGUCCGUGAAAGCUUGUUCGAAUAGUGUUUUUCGCGUGAGCCGACUUAUUUUUGGAGAAACGCAGAAUGUUUGCAAUCCUAGAGCAUCAUCGAGUGCGUGCUUUCAUAUAUACUCCAGUCCUAGGACAUUGUACGUUGACUUGAAUGCGUCAUCCUCUCCGUCAGUUCCUGCGUGUCAAGCAAGUCGGGGGUGCUGCUUCAGUCGUGGCUUUGCUAAAAACAGAAGAAUGUUGCGUUCAGUGACUUGUAAUUACUCAGGUGGUGCUGUAAGACCUCAUAAGAGGCACUUCACGUUUUCCUUGGGAAGCAAAAGUACAUAUGUGAAGCUUCUAUUGCCAAGGCAGGGAGACUCAGCCAAACUCAAAUGCAAUGUGGGUCUCCCACGGUUUACUCGGGGUGGUGCAUCGGGGGGAUUGCUUCUCGGGCUAGCGGUUUGUUGCUCGAAUUCCAAGCCUGUACAAGCUGAAGCAGCCGAUGACAAGGGGAACAAGGGAAAUAAUGAUGAGUCAGCGGAUGCUAAAUUUGCACAUGGGAAGAGAGUGUACACUGAUUAUAGCAUUACUGGGAUACCGGGAGAUGGGAGAUGUUUAUUCCGGUCUGUUGUUCAUGGGGCUUGUAGGCAAAUGGGCAAGCCAGCUCCCAAUGAGAGUCUUCAAAGAGAGUUAGCAGAUGAAUUGCGAGAGCUAGUUGCAGAUGAGUUCAUUAAAAGACGGGAAGAGACAGAAUGGUUUGUAGAAGGGGAUUUCGAUAUGUAUGUCAGGCAAAUGAGGAAGCCGCAUGUAUGGGGUGGGGAGCCUGAACUGUUCAUGGCCUCGCAUGUCCUCAAGAUGCCCAUCUCUGUAUACAUGUAUGAUAAAGAUGCUGGGGGACUCAUAUGCAUCGCAGAGUAUGGGGAAGAAUAUGGCAAGGACAACCCGAUUAGAGUUCUGUAUCACGGAUUCGGCCAUUAUGACGCUCUACAGAUUCCAGGACUUAAGGGCGGUAAAUCGAGACUCUGAGCUUAAAUGUAGGAGUGAGAUAUCCUUGAGUUAUGACACGUGAAUUAUUUCAACAUGCAAAGAAUCUCGUACUUUGAAGGAAAAAGAAAGAUGCAUUCCUGUGUAUCAUGAUGACAUGAUUGGAGAGCUACUUUUGCUAGCUAAAAGAGAGCUUGCCUUCACCUCGAUGAGGUUAUCGGGUUCACGGGAUUCAGUUGCUCUUUAAGAUGGAUAUAAUGGAAACCCUGUAAAUGUGUCGUCUUUUUCGAUGGGCUGAAUCCCUUUCACGGGAUUGUGUUGGUC